UAACAGCUUCACUAUUGUAAGCAAACCAGUGUUGUUUACAUUUCCUCCUGCGUGUAGAUAUGCGGAUGUCAUUUUAGUAAUUUUGCUUAAAUAUGUCGUGCAACCAGUUUUACGCUUUUUUUUAAAAACCAAAUUCAGGUAGGUUCCUCCACGUUUCGUUUGCUUUCGUUUAAGAAACAUUUUGCAACAUAAUCGUUGUAAUGAAUAGGUUCGAUGUGGAGUCAUUUUGGGUAAAUAUGUCGGCCAACCAGUUUUACGCGUGUUUUUCCAAUUCAGUUUCUCAGCCAAUGUGUAGCAUAGCCUGUAAUAUAUGUCCUUAAAACGACCAACGCCUCUUGUACACAUGCUGGGUUUCGACAUCACGGGGGGAUAUUUAUAUCUCGGGAUAUGCUGCUCCCCUUGAAAUGCACUUGUCGUUAUCGCGCUUCGGUAUCGCACAAUGACGUCAAGGUUAGUAUAGGGCGUCAUUGCCUGUGCAAUGGUGUGCUAUAUCGACUGAGCAGGCGUCAGAGUCGCCAAUUACUCCAACAUUCUGUAGCUGUACGCGGUGGAAUAUAUAAUUUCUUAGAAACUAGUGCGGUGACUUGAGUUAACGAGUGGUAAUGGCAAGCUUCUCUCCGCUGGUCCUGUCCAUCGCUGCCACCAGCUUUGUGACGUUCCAGUGUCUGUUCCAUUUUGUCAGUCCCUGUGUCUCUGCUCGGUUCUGCCCUGGGUACCGCCGUCUCAGCCCUAAACACACCAUAGAGUGGAACUCCAGAACUGUGUCUACAUUUCACGCCUUGAUAGUGGGCCUUUUUUGUCUCUACAUAUUACUAUUUGAUGAUGCCGUCAAUGAAGACCCAGUCUGGGGAGAUCCGUCACUGGUGAAAAUAAAUGUGGCCAUAACCUGUGGCUACCUCCUAUCAGAUAUGCUGCUCAUAUGUUACUAUUGGCGGGCGAUAGGGGACAAGUUUUUUGUAAUCCACCACCUGGCAGCACUGUAUGCUUACUACUAUGUACUGAGCAUAGGAAUGUUGCCUUAUUUUGCUAACUUCCGCCUGGUCGCAGAGCUUUCCACUCCUUGUGUGAACCAGCGCUGGUUCUUUGAAGUGCUUGGUUACCCAAAGAAAUCAUUACCAAAUAUGGUCAACGGAAUUGCCAUGACGCUAUCCUUCUUCCUGGUGAGGAUAGCGGUCAUGCCGAUGUAUUACAGCCGGAUGUACGCCGUGUACGGGACAGAACCUUUCUACCGGGUGACUUUUGGUGGCCGUUGUGCCUGGAUGGGCCCCAGUUUCUGUCUAGACAUUAUGAACGUCAUGUGGAUGCAUAAAAUGGCCCGCGGCUGCAUUAGCGUCCUGCGCUCUCCCGGAAAGGUAAAAGUGGAAAAGCUACAGAAUGGGAAAGUGCACUGAGAGGUUGCAAAAGGCUAUGGUGGAGUUAUUUUAUUGUAUGUCUGAUUCAAAUGGUUCAUGGGCAUUUUUGGAUCAAAUGGUUCAUGGACUGGAAAUGUCUUGAGACUCCCUAGGAUCCCAUGACCAGCCCUAGGUAAAUUGUGUACCACUAUACUUAUUUGCUCAGAACACUGCCAAUUAAACAAGCUCUACAGUCCUCCAAAAUGAUGGGAGGGGACAUGGUAAAGGCCAUUGGAUUGCGUCUCCUCUUGGUCCUUACAGAUGGAGGAAGUGGAUGGAAACAAACAGACAAUACUCUAAAGCACCGCUCCUCUUGUCUGUUGGACCCUUUGUUUGUAAAUUGUAUAUGUCCACCCAAAUGUGUCUUGUGUGUAUUGCCACAAUUACAUGAACUGACAUGGAAGAGAAUGUUAAAGGAACUCACAUAGUUUUGUAAUGUUUAUGAAGCCAUAUAGAUGGCUCUUGUACAAAUAUCAUGAGAUAUUGUACGAAAAUAAAAUCCUUACUUGAAAUCUGUGUUUUCACCAGCAUUAGGAUGUAAAAGAAGUAUAUUGUCAGACUACUGAAGUCUAUGCUCAGGAGCCUGCUUAUGCAGUAGGCCUAGGAAAUAUUAGUCAUGCACAUAAAGUAUCAGGGUAGAUUUAGACAAACCACAGCAAACAAAUGCCAGAAUGUAUUGUAAUUUUAUCUCUAGAAGUGACCUUACUGAGUGUGAUUCAUGAUAACUGCAAUAAAAGUGCACUUAUGUCUAACCGACACACCCACACUAUAACUUCCCACAAGCAUCUCCACAAGGUUUACAAAUUACAGAUCACACUUCAGAAGUCAAGCUUCAUAAUAUAACGUGAAAAAUGUAAUUAAAAGGAUACUGCAAGA